AGCUGAAUAUGGGGAUUAUUCAUCCAAAUUAGUGUGGUUACAGGGCAGAUAAUACCUCUUUGAAGUGAAGAUAGUUUUUUCAGAAGUUUUAUUAAUCCAUACAGUUGUCCGUUUCAUUUUUUAUGAGUGGGAGUUAGAGACUAGAGGCUAAGUUCAAACCCUAUACUCAUCAGUACGGUCAAGGCAAACUGUUUGGCUUAUCCAGAUGCUCACUCAAUUUUGCUCUUGAGCUAUGAUGAAAUCACCAAGACCCUUAUGUAUUUUAAUUUUCUAAAAUAAUUAAUAAUAUUUUCGAAAAAAGAAAUGGAUAACAAAGUAGAAAAUGAUGCUGGAGCAAACCGUGCUCAGUAUCCAAGGCUGACUCUUAGCCCUGAAUCCAUGUUCCCAGCUGAACAAGAGAUAUUAUAAUGCUUGAGAGCUCCUCAGAUAGUGACAUCAGCAUGGAUUAUGAGCAAGAGCAGAGGACUGAUUACAGAGACCUCUGAAUCGAUAUCGAUGAAGUUAACAGAGAUAUCUCCCAAGAUAAUACUAGCAUUUGUGGGUGUAACUGUGGUGUCUUCAAUAUGUAUGAAAAUGCCUCAGAGAAGUCAUGAGAGAAAUGUAAUGGAUAUAACUUUGAAGAUCACAAUCCUGUCUACUCAAUAUCCUCCCAGAAAGGAAGGAAGAGGACUCAAGAAGAUAGAUUUCUUGUUGAUCAGAAAUUUAUGGGGGAGGGAAAUCAGGCAGUUUUUGCGAUAUUCGAUGGCCACUCUGGCUCGAGAGCUUCCCAGUACUGUAAAGAUACCCUAGUGAGCAAGCUUACUGGAAAUUAUGAACAGUUGCAUGAAAACACAUCAUCUACUAUUCAAGAAGUACUGAAGGAGAUCGAUUCCGAGUUCCUCGAUCUAGCUCAAAAGCAAAACCUUGAGGGUGGGUCAACAUGAGUUCUUGGCAUGAUAAUGAAUACCAAGCUUACAGUCGCAAAUAUUGGAGAUUCUUCAGCAUUUUUGGUUAAGAAUUCUAACGUUAUUGAGUUAACUAGUGACCAUAACUACUCUCGUUUGGAUGAAUACAGCAGAGUUACUUCCCAAAAUCUAGGAGAAUUCCUGAUCCUCAAGAAUCGUCUGAAUGGCCAGCUUGCACUUUCCAGAUCGAUAGGCGAUCUGAAGUAUAGGCCAGCAGUAACAUCAGAGGCUGAGACCCAGACUAUAACCCUCUCCUCUUUAGAUCAAUACCUCAUCCUUACAUCUGAUGGAGUGUGGUCGAAGAAAUUCAGCAAGCGAGAUGCUAUAAACUACAUCAACACAUGAAUCAAAUUUGGCAGAUCAAAGGAGGACAUCUCCCAAGGCAUCAUCGAUGAGGCCAUUCGGAGUGGCUCUCAGGAUAACAUCACUGUGGUCAUAGUGGACCUAUCCCACUACUACAGCAGCUCAGUUUGAUCAAGCUUCUCUCCGAACACUACAACUAGAUCUUUGCCAGCGAAAGAUAGCCAGGUUAUGUUGCUGGACAUGGACCAGAGGACCUCAGGGCGGAAAUCUUAUAAUUUUUGAAAGGAAGAGAUAUCUCCUCUCCAUGACCUCAUUGUUGAUAAGAAAGCACCUUCCUCCUUCUCUGAGAAGAUUGGCUCAGCAGUUUCAGGUUGGGGAAUCAGAAACGAAUCAUUUUGAAACCCAUUUACAAUAGUGAAUUCGAAUUCUGGUACUGGGGAGGGUCAACUUCACUCAAGUGUGUUUGGCGCCUCACCCACUCAGACUAUGAGCAUAGCUGGUUGUGAUGUUGCUCGAGGCAGGAAAUACCUGAGUCUGAAGGAGCAAGAAAGUUAUUACCGCCAGUGCCAAUUGUCAAAAAAGAACAAAGAGAAAAGGACUUUCGGAUUUUAGAUAAAUGUCUGUUACACUUUUCAGCCAACUACUUUGCAAAGCAGCAUAAAGCUAAAGAAUAGGUACCACAGCCAGGCUAACAGCCUGGCUGCUUCUACUUAUAAAUCGUAAGGAUAAU